GCGAGAAGAGGGUAAGUAAACGAUUUCUUCAAACCAGCUUGCAGCUGUCAUUUUUGUAGCCUGUAUCGCCCAUAGUGUCCCAAGGGGACAAGCUCAAUCUGCCUCACGUUGGAGGUUGCUGUCCUCUCUAUCUGGCUUACCCUCAGAUCCUCCCUUUUCCCCUCCUGGUUUCUUCCCGAACCUCUUGCUCUCCUUAAAACCUCUUUACUUGGAGUGAACCACCAUGGCAACAGCAAAGCCCAAAGGGCAGAACUCUCUGGCCCUCCACAAAGUGAUCAUGGUGGGCAGUGGUGGAGUGGGGAAGUCAGCCCUCACUCUGCAGUUCAUGUAUGACGAGUUUGUUGAGGACUAUGAACCAACCAAAGCGGACAGCUAUAGGAAAAAGGUAGUUCUGGAUGGGGAGGAGGUCCAGAUAGACAUCCUGGACACUGCGGGACAAGAGGACUAUGCUGCCAUCCGGGACAACUACUUCCGCAGUGGGGAGGGCUUCCUCUGUGUCUUUUCCAUCACUGAGGCAGAGUCGUUUGCAGCUACAGCAGACUUCAGGGAGCAGAUCUUGCGGGUGAAGGAGGAUGAGAGUGCACCCUUCCUCCUGGUGGGGAACAAGUCUGACUUGGAGGACCGGAGGCAGGUCAGCGCGGAAGAGGCCAAGGCGCGUGCUGAACAGUGGGGCGUGUGCUACGUGGAGACCUCUGCCAAAACCCGUGCCAAUGUCGACAAGGUAUUCUUUGACCUGAUGAGAGAGAUCCGAGCGAGGAAGAUGGAGGACAGUAAAGAGAAAAACGGCAAGAAGAAAAGGAAAAGUUUGGCCAAGCGGAUUAGAGAGAGAUGCUGCAUUUUAUAGUGACAAGGGGGUCAGUGAUGACUGCUUUGUGUAUAUAAAUAUUUCACCUAUUUUUGCAUUUUAUUUGUGCCCAUAGAAGCCCCUUACUCCUGGUUCUGGUACCCAGGGAUUCUAGUCUUGGAUCAGAAGUGACUGGUUGGUUUAACAAAAGGUUAGUGGCACUGACUGUGGCAAGUGGUUCAUGGACAGAUUUGGCAGUCCCAUAAUCCUUGUCGCUCAAUCGAUCCUCUAUGCUCUGACACUUCUCAAACCUGCGGCCUCUUUAGUUCUUCUGGAUCACAUGUUAGAGAUGGCACAGACUCAAUGUGGUGAAAACAUUGGGCAUGGCUCUUUGUAGGCAGAUUUUUUUUUUAAAUGUGAUUUUUUUUAACGUGAAUAGAACUUAUGUAAGCAUACCCAACAAGACCAUGGUCAUGUUAUGGGCGGCAGGGUAGCCUAGUGGUUAGAGCGUUGGACUAGUAACCGGAAGGUUGUGAGUUCAAACCCCCGAGCUGACAAGGUACAAAUCUGUCGUUCUGCACCUGAACAGGCAGUUAACCCACUGUUCCCAGGCCGUCAUUGAAAAUAAGAAUGUGUUCUUAACUGACUUGCCUGGUUAAAUAAAGGUAAAAAAUAAAAAUAAAAAAUAAAAAAAAAAGACAGAUCUUGGACAGCCCCAAACCCAGACCAUUUUCCUACUUCUGAGGGACCAUUUCCAAUUGAAAUGAUUUGACACCAAUUAACCUGAUUGAAUGAGAGGGAAAAAGCCUGCAUGCCUCCAGGGUUGGGUUUCCCAAAGGCAUCUUAAGGCUAAGUUUGUUAGAAAUUUCAUAGGAGCGUCGUUAAAUCUCAGCUGUUUCACAAAACCAUCAUUACUAACUUCCAUUUGAAAACACUUGUAUCUAACUACUGCUUCAGACCACUUGUAGAACAGCUAAAGUGUCAUAUCUUUUGCCCUCCCGCAUAACUUUACACACCAUCUCAGAUAAACACAAUCAAAGUGUUUGUCUCUGACUGCGGUUAACUUCAUAGUUGACUAAAAAUAGUCUACAAAAUGUGCAAUGCUACAAACAAGCGAAGCAAUGACAAAACAGGUUUCAAAUGAAAACCGAGAUUACUAUAUUGUAAGAUAGAUAUUAGAAUACAUAUUUCAGUCAUAUUGAAAUUGUUUAAUCAAUUGAGUUAUAUUUUUCUAAUUGUAGGCUACUGUAAGAUGUGCCAAAUCUGGUUUAGUGUAUUAUUAUAGGCUAAGCUGAUCAUACUUUCUGUAGGAGCAUGUCCUUCAUCACUAUUGUAUAUUCUUUCUAGGCCCAGGACUAGUUAGGCACUGAAUUAUUUAAAAAAUAAACCAAAAAUCCAGGUGUACUAUUGAUGCAUACACUUAAGUUUUCAAAACUUCAAAAUCGUGUACGUAAGCACACUAACAAGCUUUGUUCUCCUCUGUUGCGAGGGGAAUCAGUUUCAUUAUUUACACUCCCUUUCAUUCAUUCUUGGAGAGAAGACCAAUUCUUUGGGUUCUCGUUCAUUAUGGUAGAAAGGUGUGAAACUUGACAGUUUACCUGUCCUUUACUUCAUUUACUUUUUCCAUUGGAAAAGUUAGGUCCUGUAAUUAAGGAGCAUUACCAGGAAUCACCAUAUUCUCUGUCACGUUCUCUCUUGGUUUCUAUAGCACCAAGUCCUUUCCAUUACUGCUGCCUCAGACCCACUUGUUACAGACUGGGUCAACUGGAUUCUAUCUAAACAUGUCAUAGAUCUUUGGUCUUAAAGGGCUAUUACACUUCCUAAUUUUGCCUUGUUUUAGACUUGGUUCAUUAAAUGCAAGUUUCCAUGACUGAAUUCAAACGGGAGUUGGUUUCGCGGUCUGGUUUGAUGUAGGUGUCUCUUGUGUGUUCGCAGAUGGGAAGAGUUAGCCAAUUAGCUUCAGCCGGCUGGUGUGCUACCUUGGCAAAGUUGGUUUGACUUUGGCUAGCCUAUCUCUGGGAAUAGUAGGGACUAGAUGUCGACCGAUUAUGAUUUUUCAACGCCGAUAAUAAAAAUUAUCGGCAAAUCGGCGCCCAAAAAUACCGAUAUCCGAUUGUUAUGAAACCUUGAAAUCAGCCCUAAUAAAUCGGUCGACCUCUAGUAGGGACCGUCCAUAAGUUACACAAUGUACAUCAUUUUAGUUCUCAUUAAAUGCUUUCAAUAUUUG